UGCAACGCUUAACAGUGCGCAUUGAGUUGCACUGUAGCCCUGGCCGGAGUUAACAGAGCGCCGGAAUGUCAAUCAAAUAAACAAAAAGAAGCGGCGUGAAGAAAAAAGCGAGAAAAAAGUGCAGCGAAAUCAAUGCGAGAGCCAACAAAUGCAAACUAAAUGUUGUAAAUAAAAGUGCAGCAAUUGAAUCAAGCGACAAGUGUUUAACCAUCAAACUCGACAAGCUGGAGACGCAUUUUAUGGCCAAGAUGGGCAAGUGGAUGACCCCCGAAGAGGAGGCACGCCAAAAGUUCAUCAUGCGGGAGCGAGAUCGAGAACGAAAGCGCAUCAAACGCAUGAAUCCCGAGUAUCGACAAAUGGAACGGGAACGGGAUCGAUUUCGCAAACAGACGCCAAGGCCCAGUCUGCUGUCACCCGAGGAGGAGGCGCGCCACAAGUUCAUCAUGCGCGAGCGAGAUCGAGAGCGAAAGCGCAUCAAGCGCCUGAAUCCCGAAUAUCGGCGUAUGGAGCGCGAGCGCGAUAGAUUUCGCAAGAAGGCACGACGUGCUAACUUGACGCCCGAGGAGGAAUUGCGCUUGAAGAUGAUACAACGUGAACGGGAUCGCGAACGCAAGCGGAUCAAACGCAUGAAUCCCGAGUAUCGCCGGCUCGAGCAGGAACGUGAUCGGGAUCGCAAGAAGGCGAGACGCGCCAACGAAGCGUUCCGACAGCUGGAGAAGCUGCGUGAUAAGAUACGCAAGGAGCGUAAGAAGGGUUUGUUGGUCACAGAUCCCACGCAAUUGCCGCCGGAGUUUGCGGCCAUUAUACCGCCAGUGCCUGUUGAGCCUGAGGUGAUUAUUUCGACGCCGCAGACACAGCAACAACAACAACAACAGCAGCAGCAACAGCAGCAAUCACAAACGUUGCAGCAGCAAUCACAAACAUUGCAGCAGCAACAACAGCAGCAGCAGCAACAACAGACAGCCACACAUCAUCUGCAGCAACAGCAACAACAAUUGGCUGCCGCAGCUGCAGCGGCAGCAGCAGCACAUCAACAACAUCAGCAGCAACAGCAGCAGCGACGUCGCAACAUGUCCCACGUGCCAACGGCAACAUCGAGUCUGAAUAGCGCGACGUUGACGCAACUAACGGCGGCGGCUGCCGCUGGCAAUGCCGCCAUGCAUACGCCGACGGCACAUGCCACGCCCACGCAUUUGCAGCAGCUGAAUAAGCUGCAACAGUUGUAUCCGCCGCCCAGUUUUGCUCAUCCCGCCCUGCCCAUCGCCGGCGUCACGUUGAUGCCACAACUCUGCCAUCCGAUACUGCAUCAGAACCUGGGCGCCUCCAUCUAUGGGCCACCCAAUGGCAUCAAGCAGGAGUACGGCCAGGAUGUGAGUAGUUUAAGUGCCGCUGCAGCGGCUGCGGCCACAAGCUCUGCCUCGGCGGUGGCUGCUGCCCAGGCAGCGGCUCUCGCCUCGUUGCGUGGCAGCAGCAGCAGCGGCGGCGGACAAGCGGAUGAUCCGGACAUGGCAUUGAAUCUGGAGCCAGAGAUUAUACUGCAAACGCCGCCCGAUGUGAAUCCCGCGCAGCAGCAGCAGCAACAACAGCAGCAUCAUUUCAAUGCCCAUCAACAGCAGCAACAUCAUCUACAGCAGCAGCAACAACAACAGCAGCAGCAGCAACACUGCAACAUGUUCCAGCACAUGGCGCCACAAGCUCACAUGCAACACAUGCGACCGGCGCCGUUGCCACCACCGCCCACAGUUGUCCUGCCGCCACCGCCACCAACAACACACCAGCAGCAACAGCAACCACCGCCGCCGCCCCAGCAGCAGCAGCAACAGUUGCAGCCACCGCCACAUGGGCAGCAGCAGCAGUGAGAAUGAGAUUCAACCCAACUCGCCUUUAGUUCUUAAGCUCUCAACUAGCCACAACACACACACACACAUACAAACACACACACUCACAUAUGCAUUUGAAAAGUUCAGUUUUAUGUUAUUUUAGUUACGCGAAGAUAGAGAGCAUCGAAGAGAGAGUUCAAAGAGUAUUCACAGUUCAGUGUUGU